AUGUCUACCUCCCCAUCUGAUAAACCCCUAAACCCAGAACCAGAACCCAUCGCUGAAGUACCAAAAAUACAAGAAAACGAAAACGAAAAGAAAAACCUAAAUCCCGAAUCCACAGAUCCAUCUCCAGUAGACAUAGAAAAAGGAAAUCAAGAUGGGGAAGAAGAAGAAGGAGAAUGUGGAUUUUGCUUGUUCAUGAAAGGAGGCGAGUGUAGAGAAACAUUCAUCAACUGGGAAAAAUGCGUUGAAGAAGGCGAAAAGAACGAUGAAGAUAUCGUGAACAAGUGUUUCGAUGCUACAUCAGCUUUGAAGAAAUGUAUGGAGGCUCAUCCGGAUUACUACGGCGUGAUUUUGCAAGCAGAAAAGGACGCUGAGCAAGAAGUACACAAUCAGUUAGAUCAGGAAAAAGAAGAAAAGGUUGCAGUAGAUUCAAAAUCAGAGGAUCAGCAACAAAAACAGGAAAGUCAAUGA